AUGGGGAACGAGGCCAGUAUGGAGGGGGAGGGACAGGCGGGACAGCCCGGCCCCGCCGUCCCUGCAGCGGGGGCUCCGGCUUCCAUUUCAGCACCACCGGACUCUGGACAGCUCAUCAAGCCGAGCAAUGGAGCGCCAGCCGGAGGGAGCGGGGCUGGACCCGGCCCGGGGAUUAACAGAGCGCCUCCGUCGGACCCGGGGCCGAAAGCAGGAGUCCAGAGCAGCCAUGGGACCGGCGACAGGCUGGCCUCCCAUGACACGCCUCAGCAUGCUGCGCCACAGGGAGAGCAGGGCCAGGGUCACGUGGCCAGGAAGAGUCUGCAGGUGGAUGUGGGUAGCAACAGGACUGGGAGGUCCCCUUCUGUGUCCCCGGACCGAGGCAGCGUCCCCACCUCCCCUUACUCUGUGCCUCAAAUUGCACCUAUGCCCAGCAGCAAACUGUGCCCUGUCUGCAAAACCACAGACCUGAUGGGCACCGGGGACGACAAGCCCAACUUCAACACCUGCACACUGUGCCGCUCCAUGGUGUGCAACCAGUGUGGCUUCAACCCCAAUCCUCACCUCACGGAGGUACAAGAGUGGUUAUGCCUGAACUGUCAGAUGCAGAGAGCUCUGGGGAUGGACAUGACCACACCUCGCUCCAAGAGUCAGCAACAGAUCCACUCUCCUUCUCAUGCAACCAAUCCAGAACUCAAACCUGAAGCUCCAGCUCCUGCACAGCCUGCACCCCAGACACUCCCCCCUCCUCAGACGCAACCUCCAGCACAGGUCCAUCCGGCGCCUGGUCCCCCCAAACAAGCUGGUCCAGCUGGCCCAGGUCAGCAACCGGUAAAGCGGCUUCCAGGGGCAGUGCCUCUUCCUGGGAUGGCCAAGGCCCCCUCCCAACCUGAUCUGUCCCGCAACUCUCCUGCCCACCAUCCCCAGCCCCCCCGCCAGGACCAGACUCGCAGCGCAGGGAGCUCCCCUUCACGACAGCCUCCACCUCCAGAGCAGACUUUUGGGAAGUUGUUUGGCUUUGGUGCUUCGCUUCUUAACCAAGCCAGCACGCUCAUAUCUGAGACUACUCAACCCCAACAACAGCCCCCCAAACCGGCCCCCAAACCAGGAGGACCUCCUGGUCCUGGACCUGGGGCAGGUAAACCCUCAGGACCUCAGCCUGCACAACAGGGGCCUCGAGCCCCUGCUGAGCAUCAGCAGCAGCAACAACACGCUCCCCCGGACUCCUCAAAACCAAAAGUCUGUUGUCCUCUCUGUAAGACAAGCCUGAACGUAGGCAACACAGCAGAACAACCCAACUACAACACCUGCACACAAUGCCACUCCCAAGUGUGCAACAUGUGUGGAUUCAAUCCCACCCCUCACCUCGUCGAGAAGAAAGAAUGGCUAUGCUUGAACUGCCAGACACAGAGGGCCCUGUCAGGAAGCUUGGGAGAUAUUCCAGCUCCUGCCGCGCAGCCCAUGGGAUCUCCCCGGCCAGCUGCUCCAGCCAAUCAACAACCACCUCAGCAGAAAGGGCCAAAUCAACUUUCAGGGCCUAGGGCCCCAGGUCCUCAACAACAACAGAAACCAGCGGGUCCCCAAGUAAGUGGCCCUCUCUCUAGUGUGAAACAGGCUGGACCUGCCCCUCAAACGAAGGGGGUCAGCCAAGCCAAGGGUCAAACUCAGCCACCUGCCCAAGCUAAGGGUUCGGCACAACCCUCAGCUCAGAGUAAGGCACCCAGUCAAGCUAAAGGUCCUAGUCAGUUACAUGCUCAAAGUAAGGGCCCUGCGCAGCCCGCUAGCCAAACAAAGGGUCCGAGCCAGGCCAAAGGGCCAACUCAGACGAAGGCAUCUGCUCAGCCCUCUGCUCAGGCUAAGGGCCCUUCUCAUCCUCCUGGUGCCAAGACUUCAUCUACCGCUGGUAAAGCCGCACCCAACCAUGCCAAGGCCUCUUCCACCCCUUCAAAAACAGCUCCCGCUCAGUCUAAACCCACAGGUAACAACCAGGCGCGCAAACAGCCGCAAAGCCAGGAGAAGACAAAAGUCGCAUCUAAAUCUCUAAAAGAAGACGUCAAAGCCUCACCGAAGAAGGCACUGUCAGAGACUAUCACUUCUCCAAAAGACAUGAAGAUAGCUGAAGAUGCACACAAGUCAAGACACCAUGAAGAUUCCAACAAAUCAAGCUCACAGAGUUUAAGUGACACUGGAUACUCUUCAGAUGGGAUCUCCAGCUCUCAAGGGGAAAUCAUAGGCCAGAUCCGAGAAGAAGGAAUCAAGCUCAGUGAAAGAGGUGCUUCCAUCCCCUCAGAAAUCACCAAGUUGGAGAGCUCCAUGAAGCCUCUGCUAGAGUCAAAGGCUGCUUCAGACUCGAAGCACAGGCCACAUUCACUAUCAGUAGGACAGGAGCGGGACUACAGUCCUGAGGAUGAUGCAGCAAGGGAUGAAUCAGAGGAUGAACUCAGUUGUAAGCUUCGGCAUGACUAUGUGGAAGACAGCAGUGAAAGUGGUCUCUCACCAUUGCCAGUAAGACAGAAGAAGUCACAUAAAGAGUUAACAGAUGAAGAGUACAUGAGGAGGCAAAUUAUGGAGAUGAGUGCUGAUGAAGAAGAAUUAGAAGACUAUGAAAACCAGAAAACUAAAAAGGCACAUAAAACCAGUGGGGAUUUGGGCAAAGAGAGACGACGACUCUCUCAACAAUCUAAUAGCUUUGAGGAAGACACCAAGGCAUCAGAGGGUGCUUAUAAGGCAAAUGAAGAAGAAGAUGUCGGAAUGGCUGGAGGUCUCCGGCGCUUUAAGACCAUUGAGCUAAAUAACACCAAUAGCUACAACCGAGACAUGGAGCUCAGCACUGAGCAUGACCUACGAGAACCAGAGCUAGAGAUGGAGAGUCUGACUGGUUCUCCAGAGGAGCGGUCAAAGGGAGAAUAUUCAUCCACUCUACCUGCCACUACUCCCAGCUAUACCUCUGGAACAUCUCCCACAUCUGUGUCAUCCAUGGAGGAUGACAGUGACAGCAGCCCUAGUCGUAGGGCAAGACUAGAGGAAGCAAAGCAGCAGAGGAAGGCUAGACAUCGGUCCCAUGGGCCACUGCUACCCACUAUCGAGGACUCAUCUGAGGAGGAUGAGCUCAGAGAGGAAGAAGAACUACUUAGAGAGCAGGAGCAGAUGAGAGAUCUAGAACAACAGAGGAUCCGAAGUACAGCCCGAAAAACAAAGAGGGAUAAAGAGGAGCUACGGGCACAGAGACGCAGAGAAAGGUCCAAAACUCCCCCCAGUAAUCUUUCUCCUAUUGAGGAUGCAUCACCAACAGAAGAGCUAAGACAGGCUGCAGAAAUGGAGGAGCUUCACAGAUCAUCAUGUUCUGAAUACUCGCCUUCUAUGGACUCAGAGGCAGAAGGUUUUGAGAUGAUUGGUGGAAAGCUUUACAAAUCAGGAAAUGAAUUUAACCUUCCAACCUUCACAUCCCUAUACUCCCCAACAGAAAAAACAUCAGCAAUGUCACCAUCGGAUAAAACAUUAAAAAGCGCAGAAGAAGUCUAUGAGGAGAUGAUGAAGAAAGCACAGCUCAUGCAAAGGCAAGGACAAACAGUUAGUCAGCAGAAAAGUGCCUCUCAACAAGACGGCAAGCAUCAUCUCGAAGCUGGAACUGUCCUCACCCCUGGCUCAAGCCCAACCCAGGUUACUGCACCUAUGUCCUUCUCCACAACAGGCAGUGAUCCAAGAAUUUCAGGAAUUCAUGGAGCGCAGCAUCUAUCAAAAGAAACGCAAAACAGGAUGAUGACACAGAGUGCCAAAAUUGAAGGAGUUGUUGGAGUUGCCACAACCAAAGCCCAAGUGAGUCAGACUGCCAUGACUCGACAGGCAGGUAGUACAGUGCCUGCUGGCAACAGAGCAGGCUCCCAGAGGCCAACACAGGCAUCACCUGACCCCGGAGCAUCCUCUCUAACCUCCAAAGUCUUUUCCCUUUUCAAAGGUCCCAGCCCCCCAGUGUCCCCCACUGCUUCCCCAACACAAAGCCCAACACAUACACCAUCUGUACGACCCACUGGCAGUAGUGGCAGGCAACUGCCAACUUUGCCUGGAGGUCCUGCAUCAGGCGCAGCAUCCCAUGGAGCUCAGGCACCACAGAGGGCAGUUUCACCACGUCUUAUACGACAACAGUCCUCUAAAGAUUCACCGGUGAUGGUGAUAACAUUGGGCUCUGAAGCAACUAGUCCUGCCAAGCCAUUAACUGUAAAUUCUUCCACUUCCCCUUUGUCAUCACCAACACAGGCCAGUUGUAAGACAUUGUAUAGCUCUCAGCCCCUUUCUACAAGUUCUCCAACAUCGCCCCAAAUGCAUCCAUCACAGCAGUCCCUGAGGCAUUCCUCUCAAAAUGUUGAAAAAGUAAAUGUGGGUAUUAGUGCAAGCACCACUGCACAUGGUCGUGGAUCAAUGGAAAAUAUAUCUCUCUGUAAAAUCUCAAAUAUUCCAGGCACUUCAAUGGUUGUGGGUCAGGGCCAACCACAUCCAAGCACUAGCAUUGUGGACUUGAGAGCUCCAAUGAGGCCAGCUCCAAUAAUAAUGACAGAUCAGGGAAUGGACCUAACAUCUCUUGCCUCUGACACAAGAAGAUACUCUUUAGGAGCAGAGCAGCCAUCUGGUAGACACACAGCAGUGCAACCUCUUAUUAUGAACCUGAAUGCUCAAGAGCAACCACAUGUAUCUGUGUCAACCCCAACUACAGUUAGCGUCACAGUCGCAGGUUCAAUGUUCAUGUCCCAACCCAAGCAACCAAUCGUGUACGGAGAUCCUUUACAAAACCGUGUGGAUCUGGGGCAGGGUGUUGGAGCAGCGGUUUGUUUAACCCAGAAUAAGCCACCAAUUACUGACCCAUCUAUUCCCAAAAUUGAUGCCUGUCUGGAGAAUCUGGGUAUACAACAGCAACAACUGCAGUUACAGCAGCAAAAGCUUUUGCAGCAGCAGCAGCUUCUUGAGCAGCAACUCCAACAGCACCACCAGCAGUCCUCUUUUGCUCGUUACAAUUUAGCUAAUCAGGUCCAGCCACUGCUGAUUAAAAAAGACCUUGUAGUGAGCCAGACAAGCAGUGCCCAACCUGUAGUGACUGCUAGUGCCAUACCUAGAGUAUCCCCACUGGCUCCACCAGCAGUGUCUGGGGCUCCUGCUUCUAAUGCUCCCCAUGAAUUGUAUGGCGGAGUUGCCUUAGAGCUAAAAAACAAGCCAACAGUAAUGAACUUGUCCACAGGUAAGCCCCAUGUCAUGAUGGUGCAGCUUGAUGAGAGCAACACAUUGCAAGGUGGCACGGUGACUCAACUGGUAAAGCAAGAAGAACCUCCUCCCCCUCCUCAGGUCUUGGAUCUUACUGGACAGAUAAAACCAGAAAAUCAAGUGGCUUGUUGUGAUGUUGUUUACAAAUUGCCCUUUGCUGGUUCCUGUUCAGGGUCAUUAACUCAGAAGCCUACCACAAUAUCCUCAGAUAAAAACCCCAACCCUGAACCGUCUCAAGCAGCCCAUCCUCUCCAUCCACCACACUACAAUGUCAGUCAACAACAACACCAGCCUCAAGUUACACAAGCAAUGACAGAGGAACAUAAACCAUAUCAACCACCCACAGGCCCCUCAGGAAGAAUACAGCCCUCCAUGUCUGAUACUAAUCUGCCAUCCAUGACUGAUGCUGGUCACUAUCAGGGUAAUGUCCAAGGUGGUCUGGCAGUAGAUCUUAGCAGUAUGAAUCAGGUUUAUGAUGGUGGAUACCUUGGCAUGGGAGCACAGUAUGGUUCUUACACAGAUCUACGUCACCAAGGAGAUUUUGCGGGCCCUUCAUUACCCCUUCGUCGAUAUGGCUCCAUGUCAAACAUCAAUUCUGACUAUGCCUACAGUUCACGUGACCUAUCUGGAUCACAGGACUCCAAUCUGGCUCAGUACAGUGCAACCACUGCCAGAGAGAUCAGUCGCAUGUGUGCAGCUCUUAACACAGUGGAUCAGUUUGGGAGCCGGUAUGGAACUAACCCUGAACUAGGUCCAUAUGGGGCUGGAAGGGGUGGACCUUUAGCAAGGCUAAAUCUUCAGCAGAGCUUAGCAUCAAUAAGAGCAAAUUUACUGUAUGGACCUGAUGGAAGACCAAUGGCCAAUGGCCAAACUCUAACAAAUCUAAUAAAUGCUAGACAAGCAAGUAUACGCGCCUUGUACCCUGCUGCUAUGAGAGGAGGUGAUGGCAUGAUAUAUUCCACAAUAAACACUCCCAUUGCCUCUACAUUGCCAAUUACUACACAGCCUUCCUCUGUCCUGCGUCCCAUGCCUAGAGGAAUUUACAGACCAUACCCUACAGGUGUAACUGCUGUACCUCUGGCUAGUCUUACCAGGUUGCCUCAAGUAAGUCCCAGGAUGCCUCUGUCCACACAGGGACCAUAUUCCUACCCUCCUCCAAACCAGUAUCCUACUUCAGCCACACCAUCAGGAAGUGUGCCUGUGGUAAGCAGCUCUCACCAGGAGACUCCAGUAUACCUUGGAAAGCCUUUAACAACAGUUUCUGCACAAACAGCUGCAACUAUUCCACCAACCCAACCGGCAGCACACUUGGGAGUACAAAGUCUACCAGCACCUGGUAUGCAAACCACAGCAAAUCAGCAAAUAGACCCUACUCUACUUACCUCACAGAGUAUUACAUCCCUCUCUCCAGGUCAAGGCCAACCUCCAGCUGUCCAGCCAGUGCAGGCUAAAAUGCAGCCACAGCAGUUACCAACUCAAACUGAGCCUUUAUCUUUGACUCAAACCCAACCUCAAACUCAACCCAUCAGUCAGGCUCAACAAGGCCAGUCACAGACAUCACCACAUGGAACUGCCCUAGCUACCACAGAUGCACAGAAAGGUAAAGAAGAUGAGAGACUGAGUCAGCAGCAAGAGCACAUGUUACAGUUAGAGCGAGAGCGGGUUGAACUGGAGAAAUUACGCCAGCUGCGUCUACAUGAGGAGCUUGAAAGAGAUCGUAUGGAGCUUCAGCGUCACAGAGAAAAAGAACAGUUACUUGUUCAGCGUGAGAUUCAAGAACUGCAGACAAUUAAACAGCAAGUCCUGCAGCAGCAGCAAGCAGAGCGAGAGACACAGCUUAUUAUGCAAAGAGAGCAACUGGCCCAGCAGAGAAUGCAGCUUGAGCAAAUUCAAUCUCUGCAGCAGCAGCUCCAGCAGCAGUUAGAGGAGCAGAAGAGACAAAAGACAGCAGCAGUGGAGGCAGCAGCGGCUGCUGCUGCAGCUGAGGCUGCAGCUGCAUCAGCUGCAGCGGCAGCAGCAGCAACCUCUGCCCAGGGUACUAUACAAGGGGUAGUUGUUGGAGGAGGGACCCCUCAAGGGUUCAUUAUCUGUGACCAGAGUGGUAGAGUUAUUCAGCAAGAAGGACAAAGUGUGCAGUUUUGGCAGGAUGGACAAGUGGUCCAAGCUGUGGUGGCUGCUCGACCUAUCCAUAGUUCAGUCUCUGAAAUGUCUUUGAGGAGCAGUGACAAACCGACUGAUUCGAAGACUAUGAAAAAGCAGAAUUCCAUGCCUCGGUUGAGGGACGGCUCAGAGGAUGACUCUGGUAAAAGGAUCACAGACAGCUGUGUGCAAACAGAUGAUGAAGAUGGAGAGGAUAAAUUCAUGAACAGGCGCAGGAGAACAAGGCGUAUUGCGGACUGCAGCGUGCAGACCGACGAGGAGGACCAGGCAGAAUGGGAACAGCAGCCAGUGAGGCGCAGGCGGUCACGUGUAUCCAAGCACUCUGAAUCCAGUGGUGAGGCUAAAUCUGAUGGAUCAUCUAAAGUGGGUUCUGCAAGUAUAGCUAUUCAGACCACAAAUGAUUCAUCAUGCCAGACAGAGCUCGACCAACUAGGCAGAGUUUCUCCUGCAAUCCACAUUACCAUGGCGGAAACCUCAAAGGUUGACCUAUUACAUUACAUAGCAGCUCCUGAAAGGACCCACAAAGGAGAGAGUCUGGCCUGCCAGACAGAACCAGAGUCUCACUCUCAGGGUGUGGUUGCUCCUCAGCUAAGUGUCCCUACAACUAUCAGUCCAUACUCAACAAGUCUGCAUAUAGUAGGUGCAAACACAUCUGACCCAACUUCUCCUAGACUCCAAGGAGUUGCUAAAUUUGAGAGGAGAAAACCUGACCCCUUGGAAAUUGGCUAUCCGCAGCAAAACGAGUCCCAGUCUCGUCAGCCCCCAAAAUCUCCCCAAGUGCUGUACUCCCCCGUAUCUCCACUGUCUCCUCAUCGCAUGCUAGAGACAACAUUUGCCUCCCAGGAGAAGCUUAACAAAGCCCAUGUUACGCCCCAGCAGAAGGCCUUUACUGUAGAAUCUCCCCAGCGCCACCAGACCCUACCAAGACCCAUAAAAAGUGUGCAGCGCUCCAUGUCGGAUCCCAAACCUCUCAGUCCUACAUCAGAGGAUCCUGCCAAGAACAGGUUCUCCCCAUAUCAUCAGCAAGCUGUGUCCAACAGUCAGCAGAUGGCCUCCCUGCAGCAGCAGCAGAACUCUCUGAUGAGGAAAGUAAAGAGGACUCUCCCCAGCCCCCCUCCAGAGGAGACUCCGCUCCCCAUUGUCACUCCAGCACAAAUGUACAGCUCCCCUGGCAUGCCCCAGAGGGUUCUUCCAAGACCUGCCCAGGGAGUCACCAAGGCUGGGCUGCUGAGUGAACUGAAAGCUGUGGAACAAGAGUCGUCGAAGCUGCGCAAGCAGCAGGCUGAACUGGAAGAAGAAGAAAAGGAGAUUGAUGCCAAGCUGCGUUAUCUGGAGCUAGGCAUUACCCAGCGUAAGGAGACCAUGGUGAAGGAAAGGGAGAGGAGAGAGUUGGCCUACCUGCGAUGUAUGGGUGAUGCCCGAGACUACAUGUCAGACAGUGAGCUCAACAACCUCAGGAUGGCAGCUGCUACUGGAAACUUUGAUGCUAAUGGUUUGCUGACAAGGCCCAGUACUGCACCACUGAGUCAGUUUACGAAUGACCUCAGUGCAACCUCUCAGUAUCCCUCAACCUCAUCUUAUAUGUCAUAUCCAUACCCUCAAAGUCAACCAUCAACACAGCAGCCAGGCUCUGCUUACCAACAGAUAGGUUUCCAGCCUCCUCAGUACCCUUCGUCCUCUGCACCUCAACCAGGAACAUUCCAGCCGCAUCCUCCACCGGGCCCUGGCUACCAGAACCAGGGAACCUAUUCAUCCCGCAUGUAUGGCCAGUCCUCCUAUCAGACAGACAUUAGCAUGCAGCAGCAUGGCCACCAGGGCUUCCAUUCACCUGGUCAGCCUAUGCCAGGACAGAGUCUUCCUUAUCCCAGCCAUAGUUCCUACCAACCUGGACUCCCCUACCAACCCCAGGCAGAGAUCCUUACAGUCCAUCAAAGACCAAGGCAAACUUCUUUGGCUGACCUUGAGCAAAAACUCCCCACCAACUACGAGGUCAUCAACAACCCAGCAGUGUCAGUGGCAACGUCAGCUCCAGAUACCAGCUUUGGUUCAGCCUAUAGCAAUGCAUAUGGACAGUACCGCCCCCCUGAGCCUGGCCUGACUCACUCUGUGGACAGCCCCACUUCUGCUUAUGCUGCAGAUGGGCUCUACACUUCUAACCUAGAGCAGAAUAUUCCAAGGAACUAUGUCAUGAUUGAUGACAUCAGUGAGUUGACAAAAGAUAACACUGGCCAAGCCACUGAUGCUCUAGGUCAUCCUGUAGGAGGACGAUAUCGCAGUGAGAAUGGUCCUGCACGAGGGAGUGGCUACGGCAGGCCUGAAGAUGAGCCUGUUGAUGCUUAUGGCAGACCUACAGGCUCAACAGGUUACCAGACCACAGUAGAUGGUCGCACGGGCACCACAGUGAGUGGAGGCUCUUAUUACUAUGAUGAUUAUAAACACACAUCACGGAGCAGCUCUGGUAGCCACAAACUCACACCUAAGAACCUCGCCCCUGCCGUAGUCUCCUCUAAACGCAGUAAGCACAGGAAGCAGGGAAUGGAGCAGAAGAUUUCUAAGUUCUCCCCUAUUGAGGAAGCUCGGGAUGUGGAGUCUGACCUUGCGUCUUACACAAUGACGACAUCAACGGGGGGAACCUGUACAGUUGUGUCUCGGUCCAAGAAGCUUCAGGAUGAUGGCACCUAUGGGAUGAAGAAAAAUGCAUAUGACCAGCAGAAAUACUAUGGCACCAGUCGUGAAGGUCUUGAGGAAGAGGACCGCAUGUACAGCUCUGGUAGGUCCAGGUCUACAGGAUAUGGUAUGGACAAGAUUUCCUCCAGAGAUGCCACAGGUCACCGGAGUAAAUCUUACGAAAGAGAUGCCAUGGAGCGGUCUCAGAGGAGCAGCCGUGGCGGAAGACCUCCCAUGCGCAACCAGAAUUCAGAAGAGGAGAGUCCACUCAGUCCUGUUGGGAAGCCUGUCGGCAUGGGAAGAAGCUCUGGCAUACCAGAAGCCCAUGAUGUGAGAAAUCAGUAUGGCUCCAGCCAUUCGCUGCCAGAUGUGCAGGACCACCACAAGAAGGACCUGCCCAGGAGUCAUGUCUAUAAACCAGAUGACCCCUAUCUUGUAGAUGACAUGCACUGUGCUGUUUCUGACAGUGAAGCCUAUCACUUGGGCCAAGAGGAGACUGACUGGUUUGAGAAGCCACGGGAGGCCCGUUCUGAUCGCUCAAGACAUCAUGGAAGUGGAGGUCACUCAUCCACAGGUAGACGUAGUAAACACACCUACCACGACUAUGACGAGCCUCCAGAGGAGUACGGUCCACAGGAUGAGUACAACCAACAACGCCACUCCUCUUCUGCAUCACGGGACCAUCGCCACCAUGGCAGCAGUUCUGGCAGACACAGCUCUUCUCGCCACUCCGCUGAAGAUCCCAGAGCCUCGCGUUCUUCUAGAACACACCCCAAAGACCCAUCUGGCCGUGCUGACGGCAGAAGCGCUACAUCUGCACAAAGAAGGAGUGGUCCAGACUCUCGUUCAGCCCAGGGAAGCCCUCGAAACUCAGGAGACUUCUCUCGUGACCCAGCCUCCGGUCAUCACCACGGCACUGGGGGAAGGAGCCAGAGACCACAAGGGGAUCGCACCACCUCCAGGAGACAGGAUCCCUCUUCAGCAGGGCCCAAAUCACAGCAACAGCAGCCUCCUCAGGGCCAUACUGGGCAGCAGCGGUCAGGUGGACAGGGCCAGUCCGGGAGACAUCCAGGCUCUGAACCACUUGAUGGCACCCAGCAGGCGCAGCAGCAGCCACAUCAGCAGUCGCAUCAGCAGCAGCAGCAGCAGCAGCAGCAGCAACAGCAGCAACCACAGCAGCACGGCCAGACCCCUCAGAGCAGCCAGCCUGCAACAACCGCAGCAGGAGCUGGACAGGCACAGCAGCAGCCAAAAUCCGGCCAAGCCCCGCCACAAGGACGCCAACCAGGAGGAGGGUCUGCAGCAGGACAGCCGGCUGCAGCCGCAAAGAUGGAGGCCACACCUGCACCAGCUGCCACAGGAAUGAAAGCUAUGGCAGGAGUACCACCAGCACCGCAGCCUACCAAAAUAGCCACACCCCCUCUAACAGGCAUUGGCUCCAAGGCCGCCCCUGUUGGGAUUGGUAGCAAAGCAGGAGGUAUAGGCAGCGCUGCUCCAGGCCAGGCACCUGCUGAAGGGGAAAACGUUCUGACCAAAAUCCUGCAAGGAGGGGCAGCAGAGCAGGCGGGAAAACUGGGAGAUGCUUUGUCUGGCCUUGGGAAGAAGUUCACUUCAUUUUGGUGA